ACUGUGAAUCAAGCAUCAAGACUGAAUAUUAGUGUUCUCCAGUCAAAAUGGGCAAAAUUGCUAACUACAGAAUCCCAAAGUUGCCGGGUGCAUCCUACAACAGCCAGAAGAAAGACAAAGGAGUAAAACUGUUCGGGAAAGUGGAAAUGAAGAAGUUAAAGGACAAGAUGCAGAAGAGGUAUGAUCAGAAGAAACGGGAAGACCGCAUGGAAGCUGAACGGAAGCAGAGGGAAGAAGAGAGACAGCAAUUGAGAGCAAAGGAGAAGCUUUUCAAGAUGGAACAAAUGCGAGAAAGAAUAAUGGAGCAAGAAGCAAGAAGAAAAGCAGAGUUGAAUGAGUUGAAAAAGAAAGAAGCAGAGAAAAGAAAAGCAGCAGCUCUACAGAGGGAAAAAGCGGAAGAAGACCAGCGACUGCAGGAAGAGUUUGAGGCCAUGUUACUCUCCAGUGAUAACAUUAUGUUGGGAGAAGAAGCUGAAGAAAACAUGGUAGAACUGUCUAAUCAGGACAUACAGGAUGAAUUGGACAAGAUUGAUGAAAUGUUGUUAAAGUUAAACACCGAAUCUAUAAAGGAAGUGACACCUACCAGUAUUGUGACAGAAGAAAUGGAGGUUUCGGCCAGUCCUCCAGAACAACAGCAUCAAGAAAAUAACGGUGAAGGUGCCGAAGUUUCUGCCAAGAUUACGGUUCCCAACAAUUUCUCGGAAGCUACAGUGUCAUCAGCUUCGGGAUCCAAGCCGCCAAAACAGAAGUUAAGAUGUCAUCGUUGUGGUGGAAGGGGUCACUGGAAAGCAGACUGCAGAAACCCAUCAUCAAAACAACUGAAGAAUUUUGCUAAAGAUCUCAAUAUAACAUUCUACAAGAAAACGCCAAAGAAGAACAGAAGCCAGAAGAACGUAGGAGCUCACCAGCAGCUGAAGGACUUGAUCCCACCACCACCGAUGGAUGUCGACAUGGACUUGGAUACUGGAGAUGAUAGACCAACUUGGACCCAAAUGUGUGGACUCGAGUAACUUCAAUUGUAAAUA